AAUGUCUUCGGAUACAAAAUACAAAUAUGCAGUUGUGAGGAUACCAGAGACUUCGGUUGUUGAUUUCUUUUCCCUUAUUGUUGCGAAAGGAUAUUCAGAUGUAUCAUUUGUUGCAUCACUAUCACAAUGUAACUUGCGUGAUGAUCCAAAUGAUGAUCAACCAACGACUUCUUCGAAUUCUGUAAAAGAAUCAAUAAAUGACGAUGAAUCAAAUUCAGAAAAUAAUAAAUUAUCUCCACCACGAAGACAAUCGAAUCCUCACUCAUCACUUCCAGCCAUCUCAUCGUCUACUGUUAAAAAUGAGCCAACUGAUUCUUGGACGCCAUCGGCUCUUUCUAAUGAUCCAACUCCAGAUCUUUUAUCAGCAACAGUUCCUGCUGAAUUACUCACCAACUUGUUUGCUAAGACGAAAUCUACCGAACCAAAACCUCAACAAUUAUUCGGAUUCCAGGCAUCAGGCGUUGAUUUCGAUUUAUCAAAUAAUGAAUGGCAUGAGAAUUUGAGAUUACCAAAUGGAAAUGGGACUGAAAAGUAUCACCCGUACGGAGGGAAUAGUAAGAAUGACUCACCACUUCAAACAAGAAUGAAAGGAUGGCAAAGGGAAUAUAUUAAAGAAGUGAUUAAAGAUAGUCAUUAUCCAACUGAAGAAGAACUUCGAGAUAUUGAACAGAAAUGUGAUUUGAGUAGGAAACAGAUUCUUCGAUUCAUCGCAAAACGGUUAACCAAUCCAAACCGAAAACCACGUGUAAAUCACCAUGACGAAAAGCGAAAAGAGCAGGAAGAACGGGAUUCGCUGGCCGAUCCGGAUGAUGAUAUGAUCAAUGAUAAUGAGGCAGUAACGAAUCUACAUCAUAUUUUGAAUUCACUGCAAGAGACGACGGCUUGACACAACUAUUUGUUUUUAACUACUGAAUUUGAUUUUAAUUCUUUAUUAAAACUUGCAUAAUGCCUUUGCAUAUAUAAAAAUGAAAAAGUGUUUGGUUU